GUGUUCUCAAAUACUGACAAACCUCUUGCGUAUUUCCGUACUUUGACAUACUGCGAUUUGGAAUCGUUUUCCAUGCAUCAUUUAAUUCUCUUUAAAGCCGACACUGACAUACCCCUUUGACGUAGAUAAUUACAUGUUUUUUUUUUUUUUCAAUAGAGGAGAGCUUUUUGUGAAUUUGUGCUGGCAAUUUCACGCUUGGGCGAUAACCUCCCACGUGCCGACCGUGAAGGCAACAAGACCAACGACUUUUACUCUUCCAAUUUUCCGAUUUUCGCGUUUUUCGAAUUUUCCGAAAUCGUCAAAACCUUGCCCAUCGUGCGUCUUCGAUCGAGCGGAGGAGCGUCAGUUUGGUUUCUGUUUGUAUACAAAAGUAUCCUAGUUUUUAGCGUUGCGGUGGAAGUGGAAGGUGACGUAAAACGCAACGCCUCAAUAUCUAUGUCGCGCCUCGGGUAAGAGAAAUCAGUUGUCCGUCACAUUACGAUGAGCAUACACCGCAGCGAGUCGUCGAUAGUACACGUUACGUUACGCUAGUGACUUAGUUGUUUCAUCUUUUUUGUGAUUCUCAAACAUGUGCGUUAACCAAGUCGCCAUGGUACCGGCUGUGGUUAAUUUCGUCGCUUCCAAGGGAAAGGAUACUUACUCGGGCUUCAUCUCAGAGUUCACCUGCUUCAAAUGUCGAGGAUUUUCGAAUGGCGAUAAGGAUAUCGAAGUAACGGAUAUUUGGAAAAGACACCCGAAAUCUGUUAGAGCCGCAUCGCCGCACAGCGCAUUCAAGAGAUGGCGAAAAUCGGCCGGUCUCAAGCUGACAGAGACGAAAAGUGCCAUAAAUGGAUCGAGGGUGGCCGUAGGGGACAAAGGGGGAGAGGAGGACAUGUCGCUGCUUAAGUUUUUGGCAAUCAACGCUCUGGACCUGAGCGCGCCAGCCAGCGACGUCCUCCUAAAGAGCCGAAGUAGCAAUUGGUUCCAAUUGAGCGGCCAUCCGGACAGUUUAGCACCUGCGGGUCCCGGAACCGUCUGGAAGAAGCGCUCGGGAGGGUCAGACGACACCGAGCGAGGGGUAUACGAGGAGUUGUCCGAGGAUCCUCUUCUCAGCGACAUCAUCCCCAAGUACUACCGAGAAGUGGACUACCAAGGGGAAAAGUUCAUCGAAUUACAAGAUCUCCUUCACGGUUUCCAAGAUCCCUUCGUUGUCGAUAUCAAAAUGGGUACGCGGACCUUCCUCGAGAGCGAGGUGAAGAAAACGGCGGCGCGAGUGGAUCUCUACCAGAAGAUGGUAGCGAUAGAUCCCAAAGCGCCGACCGAAGAGGAACAUCGUAACAAAGCCGUGACCAAGUUGAGGUACAUGCAGUUUAGGGAAUUGCAGUCAUCGACGUGCAGCCACGGCUUCAGAAUCGAGGCGAUGAAGUGCAGGGGAUCGCCGCCAAUGACCGAUUUGAAGAAAGUCAAAUCAAGCCAAGAAGUGUUCAAUACUUUGGACAUGUUCCUCGGCGGAAGGGAGGACGUUAGACAAAGACUGGUGAAAAGACUGUGCGACAUUAGGACUAAAAUAGAACAAUCGGAUUAUUUUAAGACGAGGGAGGUCGUCGGAAGCAGUUUGUUUAUUAUUUAUGACGAUAGUAAAGUGGGCGUUUGGUUGAUCGACUUCGCCAAGACGAAUCAAUUGCCGAACGGCACCACGGUGGACCACAGGAGGCCGUGGGUGCAGGGAAAUCACGAGGAAGGGCUGCUGUUUGGAUUGGAUAGGCUGAUUUCGGUGUUCGAAGAUCUGAAAAUGCCUUCUUCGGAGAAGAGGAAAGGUCCGUUCUCUAAAACUCUUCCUGCCGUCAGUGUCAAGUCUUGAAGCGACGAGUGGAGCUGAGAAAUUUUUUGUCGAGUUGAAAAUGAUGGAAGGCUGAAGCUUGCCUUGAUUUCAGUGAUGAUCGUCGGCAAAAUGUGGGGUUUUCGAUUGUUGUUGUGUUUAUGUGGCCCGAAAGGCUUUUGUAUUAAUGUUUAUGACAAUUUAAAGUAUUAGAAUGAAUAAGUGAUUUAUAAUUUUGUACUUGACUAUGAUUACUUAUUUCAUAAUUUUUCUAGUCAUCGUUCUUUAAUUUAAUUGCUAAUUAUUUAUGUUAUUAUUAAGUGCUAAAGUUACCAGCGAAUAUGGGAAUUGUACAUAACUGCGAUUAAAUUUGUAUACUAUUAAAUUAUAAUUUUUCAAUAUUCAUGUACUUAGUAAUAAACUUUAUUCAAACAGAAAA